CCCAUAGAAAUAGUAUGGCAUCAAAAACCUCAAAACGUACCAGUAAAUCCAGCAUAACUUCUUCUUUAAAAUCAUCAUCGAGUAAAUUUAAUAGAAAAUCCAUAGGUAAUAAAAGUAUUUAUAGUACUUAUGGUGAAAGUAUAUAUGAUUAUUAUAAUUAUAGCGAUCAAGAAGGUGAUGACGAAGGUGAUAGUAAUUCCACUGCUACUAAAACCACAAAGAGACAACAGUUUGAGGCUCAACAACAUGUUGAAGUAUUAGAAAUGUCUGACGGUUCCUACGUAUGGCAAGUGGUAAAUGGUUUACGUGGUGAAGAUAUGAAAGAUCGGUACAGUUAUUAUUAUGCUGGUGCAAAUGUUGAUAGUAAUGGUAAUGAACGUACUUACUCUCAAAUAUGGCCACAAGAUUUUGGUAGAUUAAACUAUGGUCGUGACCUUGAAGAUGAUCAACUUUCCCUAUUAUCUUUUAAUGAUCAACAACGAAAUGAUAAUUUAGAUUCUUAUAUUGACGAUACUCCAAAUUCUUUUCAACCAUCUGAAUAUCAGAAACAUGGUCAAUAUUUAACUCCUAAUGUAAUACCUUCACGUAGUCCAAAUAGGAUAACUAAUGAAAAGAAUAUUAAUUCAACUGUGUCAACAAUAUCAAAUGGUGAGGAAAAUUAUAUGCCAAGGACAAGUGUGUAUUUUGCUAAAGAUGUUCCAUUACCGAAAUUAUUAGAAGAAAUGUCAAGAGGUUUUGGAGGUGUUAGUUUGGAUGGAGAAGAAAGUCAUUACGUGUAUGGUGGUGAAGUUGGUGCAGGUGGUACUGGUGUUGUUGGUGAAAUGACUGUAGAGGAAAAAUUGGAUCAGGUUAUGAGAGCUCUUGGAGUUGCUGAUUCUUAUAUUAAUGAAUAACUAUUAAUUUCAUUACAGAAAAAAUUUUCAAGGAUAAUUUGCAUACUUAAUAUUUAUAUUUUUUUGCAUUUGCUUAAAAUAGCAUAAUAGAUUUUUUUUCUUUAAAAAAAAAAUUCUUA